AUUGGGUUGGGAGAGCGAAUAUAUAUAAAGCUGGACAAGGACCUCCUCAAUUGCUUUCUGAACAUUCAUCUCCAGCAAUUCGAUUGCCCCUCGUCCAUCAAUCAAACAAUCAUCUUCAGCUUCUGCAGAACUACUCCAAACACAAAAUACAGACAAAAUCAACAUUAUACAAAUACCCCAAGUCCAAGACAACCGCUCCUCCAUCAGAAUGUCCUCACCAAAGAAAAUCAUCGCCAUCAUCGGCGCAACAGGAGGUCAAGGCGGUUCCGUCGCCAACACCCUCCUCUCCGACCCCAAAAUGACAUCCGAAUGGUCAAUCCGCGGCAUCACCCGCGAUGCAUCAAAGGAAUCCUCCAAGAAACUCGCCAGUCGAGGCGUUGAAGUCGUCACUGCCGAUCUCAACUCCAAAGAAAGCCUCCUCGCAGCAUUCAAAGACGCCUACGCCGUUUUCGCCGUAACAAACUACUGGGAAACACUCGAUCACAACCUCGAGAUCCAGCAAGGGAAGAACCUCGCCGACGCCGCGCUUGAAUCCGGCGUCCAGCACUACAUCUGGAGUUCUCUCUUAAACGUCAACGAACUAACACACGGCAAACUCCCCCACGUCCACCACUUCGACUCCAAAGCCCACAUCGAAUCCUACAUCCGCACCACCCCCCUCCCAACCACCUUCCUCCUCCCCGGCUUCUACAUGUCCAACCUCCCCGGGCAAUCCCUCCGCCCCUCACCCUACCCCCCCAACCCCUACACCCUCAGCAUGCCCGUCCCCUCAUCCACCCCCGUCCCUCUCCUCGCACCCCUCUCCGACACCGGGAAAUUCCUCAAAGGGAUUCUCCUCAACCGGUUCACCACGCUCGGGAAGCGCGUCCUAGCAGCUACGAAAUACUAUACUUUUGAUGAGCUGCUGGAAGGGUUUAAGAAUGUGUUUCCCGAGGCGGGAAAGGAUGCGGGUUAUUAUGAGGUGGAUAGGGAGACGUAUUUGGGGUGGAUGAAGGGCGCGGGACUGCCGGAUUUUGCGGGAGUGGAGUUGUGGGAGAAUAUGAGGUUGCUGGCUGAAGGGGGGUAUUAUGGUGGGGAGGGGUUGGAGUGGAGUCUUUCGCUUGUUGAUGAGCCCUUGACGACAUGGGAAGAAUAUAUCAAGAGUUCUGAGGCAUUUAAAGACUUGAAGUAAUCCCCAAACGAGAUGGGAAGAGUUGUAAAUACCUCAGAAUCCCUCAAAUAUCUUAAAUAACAGCUUCCUUCCUAAAAUUCCUCAGCUCAAC